AUGUCAUCCUCCCAGCAGCAGCUCCUUCUCCAACCCCCCGGGCCCCCUAUCAUCCACCCCAGUGAGAUACCGGAGGUGUCACUGUGUCCUCCUGACAGUGUGUGCCCGGAGGCCCAGGCCACUCGGAUCCAAACCGAAGGGGACCAGUCUGACAGCUGCAGCCUCCCCAGACCCUCCUCCUCCACCUCCUCCCAGCUCUACCACCAAGUCUCCCAGGGAUGCACCUACCAUUCACAGCAGCACCGACAAUGUCACUGUUGUGGCCAUCACAAGCCAAUCAAAGGCAAAGCCUGUCUGGAGUCGCACCCAAUCACUGUGGGUCCUCCUCACACCGACUGCUCGACAAGCGCUGUCAAGACGGGUCGCAGCUGCAGCCCCUCCCAUGUUCCUUCCUGUCACAACGCUGUCCGCUGCCACUGGCUGCACGGUUCCCAUGACGGUGGUGGCCCCCACCAGUCCAAACAGCAUCAUGUGGUCACAGUCAGGGAUGAUGGACUCUACUGGAUCCCUAGAAAUUACUCCCAGGUGGUAGUGAAGUAUCCUCUGGUGGUGCUCGCCGCAUGUGCAGUAGUCCUCCUGGGAUGCUCCCUAGCCGGCCUGUUGAUUGGUCCCCUGCCAGACUUCUCUGACCCGCUGAUGGGGUUUGAGCCUCGAGGAACAUACAUUGGGGUGCGACAGUCUGCCUUGGCCAAGCUUCAGCAGAACACAGGGCCUGGAAACACACUGUCUCUGAUACCGCAACACCUCAAAGACAAGACAGCUGGGAGCGGAGGGGAUGCCGGUGGGAGCCAGGAACAGUUGUCCAGGCAACGGUCUAAAAGAAUGCUAGACAGGGAUUCGGCCCAAGACACAUUCCUCUGUGACGCUCCAGGAGAGCGCUACGCCCAGCUUGUGUUCCGCUCUGGAAACUCUGCCAGUCUUUGGAGCCUGAAGGCGAUCUACUCCAUGUGUGAGAUGGAGCAGGCCAGGAUUCGUUCACAACCCCACUUCCAAGAUCUCUGCAAGCAACAUAUCCGAUUGGAAGUGGACGGUGCCAUAAUCAGGGGAGGAUGCUGUCCAAGUUGGUCACUGGGAAACUACCUGGCACUUCUCAGCAAUGCCUCAUCCUGUCUCAGCCUGACCUCUGUGCAAGUGUCAGAGAGUCUGAGCCUACUACGCUAUUGCGCCCCAUACUACCACGAUGGAAGGCUGGUGGCAUAUUGUGCAGAGAGGGGCUCGCAAGGCAACUGUGCAUCUGUGCCGACUCGGUGCAAACACUCUCGUGCCGUUUUCCAGAUAUUGCAUUACCUGGUUGAUAAGGACUUUCUAGGGCCACAGACAAUAGAAUAUCAGGUCCCCUCACUGAAAUAUAGCCUCCUGUUUCUACCGGUGGAAAAAGGAGAUCACUUGAUGGAGAUAUACAUGAACAGCCUUGAAGGUCGUGAGCUUACAUACAAGAACACUACUAUUACAGGAAUGGACCUAGGCAUCAAGCAAAAGCUUUUCAAGUAUUACCUGGCUAGGGACUCCAUCUACCCUGUUCUGGCUGUAGUUUCACUGUUCCUCACCAUAGCCCUUUAUUUGCAGUCUCUUUUCCUAUCAGCUCUGUCUUUAGUUGCAAUUGUGGGUUCUCUCUUGACUUCCUAUUUCUUCUACAAAGUGGUUUUUCAGCUGACAUUCUUCCCUUUCCUCAACUUAGCUUCAGCUUUCAUCCUGUUUGGUAGUUGCUCUAACCACGCCUUCACUUUCAUUGAUUUCUGGAAUCUACAACUAUCCCAGAAUCCACCCGUUUCUCUAGAGAUAAGAGUCAAUCGAGUUCUCCAAGAGGUCGGAUAUUUGAUAUUGGCAUCAGGCCUGACUUCUAGUGCCACGUUCUUCUCGGGGUUCCUGAGCAGCAUCACGGCAGUCAGAUGCUUUGCUGUGUACCUGGGAACAGCUUCCUUAAUCUGUACUUUUUCCGCCCUUGCGUGGCUGCCCAGCUCGCUCAUAUUACGCGAGCGCUACACUGUGCCUGCCUCAGCCUCUGUUACCGCACAGGCAUGGAAGCCUUGCUGCACGAAAAGUAUUGGCGGGUUCUGGGACACAAGCUCGCGAAAGCGUUGCCUCUUCACCUUGGGUCAGAAGCUACGAGGGUUGAAGCGGGGACUGUCCGACACCUCCAAUUUACUUUUCCUGAAAAUCCUCCCAUGUGGAGUGGUCAAGUUCAGAUACAUUUGGAUCUGCUGGUUCGCAGUGUUGGCCGCAGGAGGAACAUACAUCUCAGUUGUAGACCCUGGUAUGAGCCUACCCACUUUAGACAACAGGGCAACUCAGUUAUUCCGCUCUAGCCAUCCCUUUGAAAGAUACGACGCUGAAUAUCGCCACCAAUUCAUGUUUGAACGGCUGGUGAACGGGGAGGACAAGCUCAUUACAUUGACUCUUGUAUGGGGAGUCAUCCCAACCGAUAACGGCAAUCACUUUGAUCCAAAAAGCAAUGGAUCUUUAGUUAUGGAUCCAGAGUUUAACAUGAGUAGCCCAGAGGCUCAGGUGUGGUUGAGAGACUUGUGUGGAAGAGUUCAAAACCAAAGUUUUUAUUUACCAUCAUCAUCAUCAUCUGAAAACGAAGGCUCAACAGACAACGUCUGUAUUGUCGAGCAACUCGUACACUGGGUGUCUAUUCGACGAUGCUCAGAGAGUGAGGAUGCCUUCCAUUUUUGCUGCAAUGAUAUUCCCUUUCCUUACCCACCGGGUGUUUUUGAACAAUGCCUGAGCAUGAUGGUGGCCGAGCGGCAUGCAGAGGGCUACGUGUCCGAGGUUGGAGGCCUACAUUUUGAGGCAGAUGGUCGAAUAGCAGCCCUGGUAAUGGUAUUUAGAACUACGCACCGCUAUAGCUACAACUUUAGUCACACCACCCUUUUCUAUAAUGAUAUUGUGUCAUGGUUUAAUGGUGAAAUGUCUGGCGCACCACUGGGACUAAAGGAAGGAUGGUUCGUGAGCCAGUUGACACUAUUUGACUUGCAACAAUGUCUAAGCUCAGAAACCCUUGUGGUCACUGGGUUCUCUGUAGCCCUAGCGUUUGCAUUGCUUCUUCUGACCACAUGGAAUAUUCCACUGAGUAUUUAUGGCACUGCUGCUGUUGGAGGAAGUGUUUUUGUCACCAUCGGCCUCCUGGUCCUUCUAGAAUGGCAGCUUAGUGGUGUGGAGGCACUCUUCAUAUCAGCUGCUGCUGGGCUGUCUGUCGACUUUUUAGCCAACUACUGCAUAUCAUAUAAUUCAGCUCCACACUCUGAUAGAAUUGGAAGAGUUGCACAUUCUCUGAAAAGAAUGAGCUGUCCUGUAGCAAUAGGAUCCGGGGCCUUCUGUUGUGUGGGCAUCGCCAUGCUCCCUACUACUGCCUUGUUGUUCAGAAAGCUGGGGAUUUUCUUAUUUCUGGUGAAAUGUGUAGCAUGUGGAUUUGCCACUUUCUUUUUCCAAUCCCUAUGCUGCUUUUUCGGUCCUCAAAAGAACUGUGGGAAAAUAAUGUUGCCAUGUUCAUCUGAACCAGGGACUGAAAGUCUGCCCUCCUGCUCAGCAGCAGAACCUAGGUCCUCGACCUGCGCAGCCAACGGGGCUUUUGGAAGAUCAAGAGUUCGAAGGAAUUUCAAUAAAGACGAGGGUAAUUACCUUUACCCGAACCAUCAGCGUCAAAGACAGCGACAGGCAGGGGGCGGAAGGGAGCCUGAGCAGUAUGAGCUUCAGCCAUUGGCCUGUCAGCUGAGUGACAGCUUUGAGAACAGCACGUGUACUAGUAAGCUAUCCAACAGACCCUCAGUUCUCUCGGAUGACAUCCAGUUCGGUGGGCUGAGUCCCAGGAGGGAUGUGGAGAGGAGCAACAUUGAGGCAGAUAGUGAAGAGCUCUGUGGGAGGCACCACAAAGGCUGUCACCCACCCCCAGCUUUGCAGACCUCUUCCCCAUACAAAGAAAACACCCUAGGGCCUGUAGUAGCUCCUCCAGGUGACCUGGCUAAGGAAAGGCUCUUGUGUAAGACGUGCAGAGGACAGUCUGCUGGCAUCAAGCACUGGAACGUAUCGCUGUCCUCUUCCUCAAGCAUGGAGGACACCAUCAUUAGUCAAACAAUAGAAACAAUUUACCAGCCAUCCCUCUCAAAGGACGAGGCCCCUAAUAGUACCUUUAAGCGUCACCCUCACAAACGCCUACUGUCAUCUCAGAGUUCAUUUGACGGGCUAGAGGAUUCCAAUGAGACUUGCCUUAUUGACAUUGAACCUGGACCCUCAAACCAACAGACUUCUAUUGAAGCAGAGGGAGAACUGGAACCACAACCAGGACACCUUAACGGAAAGAGACACACCCUACGUCUCUCCCUGAGAGAGACCACGUAUGAGACAGCCUCUCCGGGGUGUGGGAGGGGCCGUACGAGCCAGAGUGAAGGACCAGUGAUGUUGCCAAACAGUAAACCAGAUUUGCCUGAUGUGUGGAUCAAACGAGAUGGGCAGAGGGAAGAUAAAAGCUGA